CCUUGCUUGUUCUGUAUAUAUUAUAUGUAAAGAUUAGAGAUACAAAUAUAUAUAACUCCUUGAAAACUCAUAACCCCCACCCUCUGCGUUUCCUCCAGUUCGUUCUCUACACAAUGGCUCUAUCCACCAUAGUCAAAACCUUAAAGGCAUCAUUUCCAAGUGAUGCAUCCUGCGCAAUUAUUAUACUGUUUCUCAUAUUGGUGGGCUCAUCAUCAUCAGUGAGAACGAAUAAUUCUCUACUGAGAAAUAAUCAGCUGAAAGACUUCCCCUGCGAGGAAAUCUAUGUUGUAAGAGAAGGUGAAACUCUUCAUACUAUCAGCGACAAAUGCGGUGAUCCCUUCAUAGUCGAGCAGAAUCCACAUGUUCAUGAUUCCGAUGAUGUUUUUCCUGGUCUUGUCAUCAAGAUUACUCCUAAACAUAGGAAGGUGUAAUCUUCAUCAAGAUAUUGGAAAUUAUAGGCCUUCUUUGUUUUUGUUCUUCAAUAAAAAUAUGAAUAUAGUGUACUUUUGUUAUAUUUCUUGCAUGUAAGGAGGAAAAAAAGAAGAAAAAUUAUGAAAAUUUUACUUUUUUUCUUGUAUACAGCUAAAGAAUAGGGUGCAUAAAUUCCUCGAUA